AUGACCAGGCUGAUAGACCAGCUAAGACCAGCCAACCAGCUUAGGCUGGUUUUAGCUGUUUUUUUCAGCAGCGUUAGCUGCUUCGGUUUUCCGGAAACUGCCGAGUUUAUACGACUGCUUUAGCGCGCGCGCCGGUCGCGGUGUGGAUACAGCAGAGUUGCGGUUCAAAGUUCCUCAACUCUAAAACAGAAAACUUUAGAAGCGGAAGAAUCUUUAAUCAGGAGUGAAAUUAAACAGGAGUGCUGCAAAGUGGAUCAGUCCUGUCUCUCCCAGACACCGCAUUUCUCUCUGAUUUAUCCCGGGAAAAGUGCAGCAUGUCUGACGGAGGUGGAGAGGAGACGAAAACGACGACAAUGAAGAUGAACAGGAGUGCAGUGCCUGUGGGCCGUCUGGAGGUUCUGCAGAUCUACAAGCUCCUGCAGUUAGUGAGGGAGAGAAAUAAAACGCAGGUGGAGAAGAUGGUGCGUCUCGGGGUGCCCAACCUGAUCAAUAUGACAGAACCGAGCGAGGGAACCGGUGUCCUUCACCUGACCUCCAUCUCCAACGACCUGGACAUGGCUGAGUUCCUCCUGUCUCUAGGAGCUCACCCUGAUGUCCAGGAUAAGAGAGGACGCACUCCGGUCAUACUCGCCGCAGAACUCGGUCAUGACACUAUGCUGGCUCUCCUGGCAAAGAACCACGCUGACAUGAACCUGGUGGAUAACGAGGGGAAAGGAGUGCUGUUUUAUUGCAUCUCUCCGUCAAAGAGGCACACACGCUGCCUGCAGGUGGCGCUCAACAGCAAAGCCGACAUCAAUAACGUGUCCAACGCAGGGAAACCGGUGUUCCUGCUCGCCUGUGAACACGCCAAGCAGUGCGAGAACAUCUGCAUCUCGAUUUUAGAGAGCGGAGCCGAUCCUAACGCCACCGAUCAGGUAACAGGGCGGACGGCUCUGAUGGAGGCGGCGAGGGCGGGCUCGGUGGCGUUAGUGAGACACAUCCUGCAGAGAGGAGGAAACCCAAACACGGCGGAUAAACAGCAGCAGAACGCCACUCAGCUCGCUGCAGCCGGAGGAUUCUUCCAGGUGUUGCGGGUGUUGUCAGCAUACCAGGCAGAUUUCAGUGCGGUGUGUGUGGAGGGAAACUCGGCUCUGCAUCUGUCUGCAGCUGGAGGUCACACUGAGUGCUGCAGGUUUCUGGCGCAGAGAGGAUGCAACCCGAAGCUGAAGAACAUGAACGGUUUGGUUCCACGUCAGAUCGCAAAAGCACACGGCCACAAGGCGGCGCUGAAGGAGCUGCAGAAGGCAGAGCGAGUGUUUACAAAGUUCUCCAAACCUGGCGCGGUUAAUCCCAACGAGCUCUGGGCUCUCACGCUGCAUGACUGGUCAUGUGAACAUGAAGAAGCGUUGCGGAAAGCCUUCCAGCUCGCCCAGGAGACCGACACUUCUGUGGAGAAAGUCUCGAGGGAGAAGUUUGCGUACGUCCUGCAGGAACAUCACGCUCCCAUAGAUCGGGAACAUCUGGAGAAGAUCAUCGCUGACCACGACAAGAAGCAUGAAGGUGUGAUUAACAUCAGCGACUUCUUCAAGGGACUGCAAUACCUUCACAAAGCGUUCGUCCUGUCGUCCUACGACCCCAAGACGAAGAAGAAGAAGAAAGGCAGAAAGGGCGGGAAAGGGAAGACGAAGAAAGGGAAGUCUGUGGUUCCUCUGCCCAUCUGCACACUUCCUCCUGACAUCAUGGGGAAAAGACCGGAUGGUGGUCCGCAGUUCAUGAUUGAGACUUAUCAGCCGUUCACCGAUACGAAGCGAUUCGACCGUGACCGUCCACCUUCUCACCCCGUGGAGGACGACUCGGCCUGGUACGUUGACGAGCCGCAGAAGGUCUACACCAACAUUAACCGCUGUGUCCGAUCCGGAGACUUCGAGUCGCUGUGUUUAGCGUUCAGUCAGCGUCUCCCUGUGGACAUUAGAGACCGCUUCUACAAAACACCGCUCAUGGCCGCGUGCAGCAGCGGCAGCUACGAGAUGGCCGAGUUCCUCAUCACGCUCGGGGCGGAUGUGAAUGCAUGUGAUCAGUUUAAGUGGACUCCUCUUCAUCACGCAUGUCACGCUGGACAGCAGGACAUCAUGGAGCUGUUAGUGAAACACGGAGCAGUGGUGGACGCCGUGGCAUUAAACGGAGCCACACCCCUAAUGAAGGCCAUUGAGAGCUGCAGACUCAGCUGUGUACAUCAACUCAUCACAUCCAAUGCUAACGUACAGGCCACAAACAACAAGGGACAGAGUUGUUUGGACAUCGCCCGUGUGUACGGAGACGAGAGAAUCAUUGAUUUGGUCAAAACAAAGUUCGACAGCCUUCCCAAGUGCAAAGAUAAUAAAAAAGGAAAAGGAGGAAAAGUGAGAGCAGCACCUCAGAAAGCAGCACCUAAGAAAGAAGCACCUCCUACAGGAGAGAAGAAGACACUGACAGAGAAAAAGGCUGAAGCUGUCUUACUGGACCUGAAGGAGAGAAGAGUGAAUCUGAAAGACCACAUCAUAACUGUGAACCAGAACAUCACCGUCACCUCCAACACACACGACAUUCACUUCACACCUAAAACUGUGUGGGGGAGGAGGUUAGCAUCGUCUGCUCAGCAUAUGGAGCGGAGAGUGGACAGGAGGAAUCGUCUCUCAUAUGAAGUGGACUUCAGUGACUUUGUGAUGCCGUUUAAUAAAAAUCUGAUGAGGAAGCUGAGGGAAGUGGGUGUGGCUGAGGACCAGUAGAUGAAUAAAGCAAUAAAGGUAUCAAAUUAAAUGCAUCAAUAAAAGGGAAUAAGAAGUCCGUAUUUAUCAUUUACUGCUCAUUGUUCGUAAAAGAAAAACUGUGGAACAUUAGUGUGAGAGGUGGGCGUGACUGAGAGGGUGGGCCUGACCAAGGGGGUGGACAUGUCCAAGAGGGUGGGUUUAACCGAGGGGGUUGGUGUUACCAAGAGGGUGGGCGUGUCCAAACGGGUGGGCGUGUCCGUGAGGGUGGGCGCGACAGAGAUGAUGGCCGUGACAGAGGGUGUGAGUAUGUUCGAAAUGGUGGGCGUGUCCGAGAGGAUGGGUGUAACCGAGAUUGUGGGCGUGACCUUUGGGUGGGCCUGUCUGAGGAGAUGCUGUGAGCGCUAUAGUGUUUCCUGUCCAGAGUAAAAAUAACCGGGAUUAAGACGAUGAUGAGAAAUCCAUGAUGAGCCUCACUGAGGUCCAAACCACACACUGAGAACAACACCUGUCUCUCUGCACCAUAUACUGUCCUCAUCACUGCACACACACUCAUACACACCCACUCACACACACACUCAUACACACACGCUCAUACACACUCUCAUACACAUACACACACUCAUACACACACUCAUACACUCAUAUACACCCACUCACACACACACCCAUAUACACGCAGUAAAAGUGGAGAAAUGAAUUAAACACUAGAUGACUCCAGCAGUGUCGAUAUAUUAACAACAGUCUUAAACUGAGUGUAAUAUGAAUAGUGUAAGGUCUGUGUGUGUGUGUGUGUGUGUCUGUGUUUGUGUAUCAUGUUGAUGCUGCUAACACCACAACAUCCAGCCUGGUGGAGAAAGCACUAAAACACUAAAAAGACGCAUGUUCCAUCAAACCCCCGCACUGCUUUGUGCACAGCUCUGUCAGUGUUAAGUGUAAUGUGUGUAAUAUUUCUUGUUUAUUUGAUGUUCUGUUGUUCAGCUUUUCUUCUCCUUCUUUCUCCUUCUUUCUCCUUCUUUAUUUCAUCUUAAUAAAUCUCACCUGCUGGGGUUUUAAACCCGACUGGAGAAUAUCUUUAUCUGAUAUCAAAAUCAAUGUGCUGUCUGCCGGAACGUAAGUGGAUCGUCUCGGAGGAACCUCGGUUCCGUUCGUUCUCAUGAACAGAUCAAAUAUCUGCUGAACAAAACAAACACGCUUCAGAAACGUGAAACUGGAGAGAAACUGGAGACGUGGAGCUCAGAGCCGGCCUCGUUCUCUUCCUCAUCAUCCAUAUCAUCUUUAUUCAAAGAACUAAAGGUGUUAAAUUCAUCAUUUACACCACAACGCUGCUGCUGCGGCUGCUGCUGCGGCUGCUGCUGAGUUCUGGAUCGUGAUUGGUCAGGAGGUGUUAAUUAGUUUUCUAGAACAGCAGCUCUGACAGUAGCGCAGGUUUAUAUUAAUGAUCUCGUUCCGAUACGUUAUCGUUUCUAUAGUAACGGCUCGUUCACAGGGAUGUGUACAGCGGACGCUCCACAUAAACGGAUUAAAUAAUGUGUGUAAGUAUUGAUUUCUGUAAGGAGACAUUUAUGUAACGUAUGGAAGGAGUCUCCAGUGUCAGAGCUUUGUAACAGUCAGAAGUAAAACUUUAAAUUUUCCGACAUCUCAGGACAGAGGAGUUUACGCUUCUUUUGUCUUAUAUUAACUUGAAGAGAGAGAAUAAAGAGAGAAUAAAGAGAGGGAAUAAAGAGACAGAAUAAAGAGAGAGAAUAAAGAGACAGAAUAAAGACAGAGAAUAAAGACAGAGAAUAAAGCAAGAGAAUAAAGAAAGAGAAUAAAGGCUGGUGAAGGAAUGAGUGUUUAUAGCUGCUAUAAUGUAAGUGACAACAGGAACUAACUGGUUUCACCAACAUCAAAUGUAACUUUAAAUAGAUAAAAAGUAUGACGUGAUGUCCUUUAAUAAAAAAAAGACUUGUUUGUUAGUAAAUUGCUGUUGAUUAAUCAUAUAUAAAUGUGAUUAUUUUUUCCGUCCAUUUCCCCUGAACUGUCUUCAGAGUUAUAGCAUUUUUCUAGCUAACUAAUCCCCUAGGGUGCUAAAUAGCAAAAUUAGCUAACACAUGUUAGCAGAGUGGAGUUAGAGUAAUAAAACCCCACAUGAUUAUGAACACACUGUGAAAUGUUAGUUUGAAAAUCUCUUCUUUUCUUUUUUGUUUUUUUUUAUCUCAAUAGUUGAAUAAAGCACACUUUAAUAAAUAACAUUAACACCCUUAACGUUCUGUGUGGUCACAUGACAUAGCCUAACCAAUCAGAAUACAGCAAGGAGAAGUCCUUAGUGAUGAAACCAUCAGCAAAUAUCGAAUUGAGUUCUGUGAAUA